AUGUAUGGCUAUGACUCAGCCUUCAUUGGUGGCACUAUUCAAUUGCCCUCCUUCCAACAAGCAUACGGGCUAGCCGGAAGGUCUAAAGAAGAGAUCGCCUCUCUAUCCGCUAAUAUCGUCUCGACUCUUCAGGGCGGCGCCUUUUUCGGUUGCAUAUUUGGCUUCUUCCUAUCUGAAUCUUUCGGCCGGAAGAAAAUCAUAGGGGCAUCAGGUCUGAUCUUCAGUAUUGGCGCCGCCUUGCAAAUGUUUGGCCGGAUUCCUAUGCUUUACGCGGGACGGGUCCUCACCGGUCUAGGAGUGGAGUGCUCUCCUGCUCUCAUUCGUGGCCGUCUGGUCGGAAUCUUUGAGAUCAUGUUGCAAAUCGCGCUCGUUUUCGGUUUCUGGGUCAAUUAUAGUGUUCAGAGGAACAUUCCCGAUGAUACCGACCGCCAGUGGCAUAUUCCCGUCGCUGUUCAGAUCAUUCCGGCCGGAAUCCUAAUGGUGUGUAUGCCAUUUGUCAUUGAGUCUCCUCGCUGGCUUGUCUCAAAGGGACGCAAUGAAGAGGCCAUCCAUUCGCUGGCCUGGGUGCGAAAUCUACCAGAGGAACAUCCAUACGUGCAGCAUGAAUUUUCCGAAAUCCAACUCGCCACUAAGAACAACGCUGAUAAUGGCGUUGCCUCCUCAUUCGUUACAAUCAUCCGCGAAUCUAUGAAAGAGGGCGUUUGA